AUGAAUUUAUUAAAUAUUGUUAAACAUCUUCUCUACUUGACUCAAACUGAAUAUGGUUCAGAAAAUCCUUCAACAACUGCUGAUGAAAUUUUGACUGCCGAACGAUUAUUCGAAGUUUUAAAAUCUAUAAAUGUCAGCUACUUCACUGAACUGUAUGCAUAUGACUCUCUCGAUCUCGACGAUGAAUAUGAUGAACUGACUGAUGAAGAACAGAGCAAUGAUGACAUCAAUGAUUAUAAUGAAAAUGAACAUUCUGAUAUAAAUGAUCAUUUUACAUUAGAGGAAAUGGAAAAAAUAGUCGAAUAG